CCCCAUCCGCGGUUGUCAGGACAACCCGAGCGACGCCCGUCACGGAGAACAGGCGUUAGGAGGGCGGCGCCGCCAGGGCUCGGCCCGAGGGGCCUGGAGAGCAGCUGACCAUGGAGCCCUACAAAAUUGUGCCAUCCUCAAAGCCGCAUCCUCCUGUCGUGGGCAAAGUGACUCAUCACAGCAUCGAACUGUACUGGGAUCUGGAAAAGAAAGAGAACCGUCAAGGACCACAGGAGCAGUGGCUUAGGUUCUCCAUUGAAGAGGAAGAUCCUAAGAUGCACAAUUACGGUGUCAUUUACACGGGUUAUGCAACAAAGCAUGUGGUUGAAGGUCUAGAACCAAGGACACUGUACAGAUUUCGACUGAAGGUCACCAGCCCCUCUGGAGAAUAUGAAUACAGCCCAGUCGUCUCGGUGGCUACGACCAGGGAGCCUAUAAGUAGCGAGCACUUCCAUCGUGCUGUCAAUGUGAAUGAUGAAGAUCUCCUGCUUCGAAUAUUGGAAGGAGGCCAUGUAAAGGUGGACGUGCCUAACAAGUUUGGCUUUACUGCCCUCAUGGUUGCUGCUCAGAAAGGCUAUACCAGGCUUGUGAAGAUCCUAGUUUCCAAUGGCACGGAUGUGAAUCUGAAGAACGGAAGUGGCAAGGACAGUCUCAUGCUGGCUUGCUAUGCAGGGCACUUAGAUGUUGUGAAAUACCUCCGAAGACACGGAGCUUCUUGGGAUGCUAGAGACCUUGGAGGCUGCACAGCUCUGCACUGGGCUGCAGAUGGAGGCCACUGCCCUGUGAUUGACUGGAUGAUAAAGGAUGGCUGUGAGGUAGAUGUUGUGGACACUGGUUCAGGAUGGACGCCACUCAUGAGAGUCUCUGCUGUGACGGGAAGCCAGAACGUAGCCUCACUUCUCAUCGAGGCUGGGGCUGACGUGAAUGUGAGGGACAAAGAUGGAAAGACGCCUCUCAUGGUCGCUGUCUUAAACAAUCACGAACAACUAGUUCAGUUACUUCUUGACAAAGGGGCAGAUGCAAGUGUGAAAAAUGAGUUUGGCAAAGGUGUCCUAGAAAUGGCCAGAGUUUUUGACAGACAGAAUGUACUCUCCUUAUUAGAAGAAAGGAAAAAAAAGCUGCCAAGGAAGUCCUCUGUCCACUGACUGGAGCGCCACCCAUCUGAGAGGCUGACCAGAGCAAAACAGCAAACCCUGACUGCUGGGCCAGACAUGUGAUGUGCCGAGUCUCCGAGGACGAGACGUUUAUUUAUUUAGUUGGAGAUUCACAGUGACUUUUAUGUAACAGGCAACUCUUCCCACAUUGAAAUACAUCUUUUUACCUAAGCACAUGCAUAUGUGGUCUCCUCACUGGGCGGCUAUAGAACAGGAAUGUUUUCUUGCCCUGUGCCUUUGCAGUUAGACAUGAAACCAAAUAUUUAUGCGCUGGUGCUCCACAAACUCGCAUGUGGGUCCCUACCCCUCCCACCCCCUCACCCCAAGCUGUCCUCAGGAUGCUCCAGGCCUACUGGCCUUCUUCUCAUGUGUUUCUUAUUACCUCUCCCACACCACUACAGUCUAGGCUGCUGUCGCCUCCCGCAGCGGGGUGCCUCUUAAGCACCCAGGCGUUUUCUCUUAGGCCCUUGGCCUUACAUCAAAGCUCCAGAAUACAUAUCUGAAGAUGGUGCUGUCCGUUAGCAGUGUUUAGUUGAAGGACAUUGCUGGGGGGACAGGCCCAUCAGUUCAUGAGUUUGCACACACUCACCUCUUUGGUCAAAGAUCCCAGCCCACAGGUGACUGGCCAGCUUCACCAAUGAGUCGUGUAUUGCAUUUAGUGUAGAGAGCAGACAAGAUUUUUGAGGCAAAUCGUAUUGUUUGUCAACAAAGAGAGGCUAACCACCACCAAGACUGUUGGUUAGGAGCUCUAAGAGAGAAAUGUGGGAAGCUUUAGGUAGGCCAAGCUCAAACACCAGCAAAGUUAGCAGCACCACAUGCGUUUUAUGUCUCCUGGGACAAACUGAGGGCCUUCUAGUAAAGCAGCUA